UAGUGGAGAUGCCGGGGCUGUGGUGGGUGCGUGGUGUUAACACCUGGUCCGGUAUGCUGUUGUUGUGGUGGUUACAGUGGUGGUUACAGUGGUGGUGUUCCACUCGUGUGAGUAGACGGUACAUCGUGUGUUCCGGUGGGGUCUAUCUGUGUGCUGUCAGCGAAGGGUGCACUAGGUGAA